UGUUCAGCAGAUGUGGCAGCAGGGGGAAAAAGGCACACUGAUGAAACCAUGGCACCAAGAAGGAUAAGGAAAGUCAGCAAUCAGUCAGAUGGGCAAAUUAGCAAGGAGAUACGCCAAAAGCAAGGGGUGCUUUUUAUUCAACAGUUUGAGAAAGAAGCACAGGACCGUAUAAAUGAGAUGGAGGCUAAAUUGGAGCAGACCCUUGCAACAGUCGAUCGGGUUUUUAAAGUGGAAUUGAUGAAAAUGCCACCUGCGCUUCAAAAAACAGUGAUAAUAGAUUUAAUUAAUGCGGAUGACAUUUCUGCAGGUGAAGUCACCAUCGCCAUAAAGACCGAAUCACCCGAGAUUCACCAGCCUCUCACUAGGAAGCUUAGUAAAGUGAAAGUGAGUGAAGGUGCAUCGGCUCAUAAAAGGAAGGCUACAACAGAACCAUCAAAGGGUUCCAAGAAAGCCAGGUCACUUGCCAAUAGCUCCAGCACUGGAAGCCUACGGUGUGCCACACCCACAAACACAAAAAGAACCAAAACUCGUGCCAAAAUCAGUGAUCAGUCUCCACUGACUGGAACGAAACCCAGAUCUGUUUUGUGCUCAGCCAGUGACGACUACCUGUAUUGCUCCCUGCCUGGAUUGUCUCCACAUGUAAUGAUCUCUACAUCCCAUGGAGAGACAUUGUGCCUCUCGGAUGAUACUGUUGAAGAUGUCGACAUCGGGUUACUGGAUGACAUGGCUGUCCUCCAGAUGCAGAAGUUGAUGAAACUGAUGGACUACCUUUUCAACAAAGUCAAAGCGAAUCAGCCGCUGAGUGUGCAAUGAUACCAACACAGCUAAUAUUGAUCCACUAAUGCCACCUAUGCAUGUUUUACUUACUAUAAAUAAAGAUUUGUAUAUUCGUC